GUAGUUAUCACGCGCACAUUUAUGCCAUGGCGCUUAGUUGUAAAUACAAGUGCUUGCAGUGUUUGUUUAUUAUUUUAAACUGUGGCGCUGUCAUAUGUGGUUUUAUUCUCACUGUGUGUACUGCACUUGGGUUACAUUCUAUUGACGGUCGAUGGAGAGAGAUCGACCCUCCGGUUUUUCCAUUUAUGAUCUUCACUAUUAUCCCUGGAUGCUUUAUGUUGGUGUCGGGGGUUAUAGGAAUGUUGGGGGGAUGCACAAAGAAUGUUUGUUUAUUGACAACGUACUGCAUUCUUUUAUUCACCUUUAUAAUUGCGGAAAUAAUUAUAGGGGCACUUGCGAUAGUAGAAAAGACGAAGGUCAACAACCAAGCCACUGAUGUACUAAGAAAAUUCGUGAAAGAAUACAACGAAGACGAUUAUAUUAAAAGGGCUCUUGAUGUAGUUCAGUUACGAGGAAACUGUUGUGGUGCUGACUCUCCGGAAGAUUAUGGAUCGUCGAAACCAACUUCAUGCUACGAAGAUGACAAACUGUUCACUAAAGGAUGUAUCCAACAUGUUGUUGAUAGAGGCCUAAGACAAUUAAAUGAUACCAUAAUCGGCGUAUUUCUACUUAUAUUGGCGCAAAUUGCUUGCAUAAUAGUCGCUGUAUGUAUUCUGUUGGCUAUAAAGCGUGGUGAAGUAUUAGAAUUACAUAACAAGCAAUAAACUCUGGUAAAUAUAAAUGCUAAUACAAAUAAUGACAACCAUUUGACACGUCCAUGAAAGAAUAUCGGAAAUUUACCAUUAGAUUUAUCCAUUAUUUGUACACAUAUUUUGCCCUACGAACGAUUUGAUUUUCCAC